AUGACAGCUACUUCCCUAGGAGUCCUGCAAAUCAAUAUACCAAUGGACGUUAAUAGUGUGGACACGACAGCCUUCCCGAAAUUCAAAGAUGUGCUCGUGGAGAUCCCGUUGGACGAGUCAGUAAAACCUGUCGCACAACCUUACCGCAGGAUACCUAUUCCACUGGAAGCCAAAGUCGAACAAAAGAUUAAUGAAUUAUUGCACGCUGAUAUAAUUGAGGAGGUAAAAGGUCCCUCUAGUUGGGUCUCGCCGAUCGUGCCAGUACUGAAGGAUAAUGGAGACGUCCGCUUAUGCGUAGAUAUGCGACGCGCGAAUAUGGCCAUCAAACGGGAAAACCAUCCACUGCCAACCAUGGACCAACUACUUCCUAAGAUGAGAGAAGCAAAACUCUUCACAAAAUUAGACAUCAAGGACGCCUUUCAUCAUAUUGAGCUUCAGCCUGACUCAAGGCCGAUAACAACAUUUAUAACGGGUAAGGGACUUUUUCGCUAUAAAAGGAUGAUGUUUGGCAUCAGCUGUGCGCCAGAAAUCUUUCAAAAGACUUUGGAGAGGAUACUUUUGGGCUGUGAAGGAGUCAUUAACUUUAUAGAUGAUAUCCUGGUGUAUGGAAAGGAUCAGGUAGAACAUGACGAACGGUUGGAGAAAGUCCUGGAUGUUCUAAAAACACACAACGUGCUCCUAAAGGAAGAUAAAUGCAUUUAUCGAGUAAAAAGUGUUCAGUUUUUAGGACACGAGCUCUCUGAAAAUGGAAUUAAACCGCUGGACAAAUAUUUGUCGGCAAUCAAGAACUUUAGAGCACCUACCACCAUUGCAGAACUACAAAGCUUUCUGGGGUUAGUGAACUUAGUUGGAAAAUGGAUUCCCCAUUUAUCUACGACCACAGAGCCCCUAAAGGAGUUACUCCGGCAGAAGGCAGGAAGAAACUCAGACAUAACUGAUUACUGGAAUGACAUUCGGCAAGCAGCUUUUAAUAAAUUAAAAGCUUCACUUGCUGAUAUACCGCGUCUGGGCUAUUACAACCCCAAUGACAAAACGACAGUGAUUGCAGAUGCGAGUCCUGUGGGCUUGGGGGCAGUACUCGUCCAAACAAAUAAGGAGGGUUCUAGGAUCAUAGCAUAUGGGAACAAAACGCUUACCGACUGCGAACGCAGAUACUGCCAGACCGAGAAGGAGGCCCUCGCGUUGGUUUGGGCCAUUGAACAUUUUAAUAUGUUCCUAUAUGGAAAAGAAUUCGACUUAAUAACGGACCACAAACCACUAGAAGCAAUAUUUGGCCCCAAAUCCAAACCGUGCGCCCGCAUUGAGAGAUGGGUUUUGAGACUUCAAUCCUAUAAAUUCAAAAUAAAAUAUAGCCCUGGCAAAAAUAACAUAGCAGACCCGCUGUCGAGGCUCUGCAAACUCUCUACAAAGCCACCACAAGUUGGAGUAGAUUACGUGCAAAAUGUGAUAGAACAAGUAAGGCCGACAGCUAUACCAUUGCAAGAGAUAAUGGUACAUUCUCGUCAAGAUGCGGAGAUACAAGCAGUCAAGAAUGGCCUUUACAACAACCAGUGGAGUGAUCUCACCAAAGGCUAUAAACUAUUCCAAGAUGAGUUGUGCUUUUAUGAAGACAUCCUACUAAGGGGGACUAAGAUCGUAAUGCCACAAAAACUUCGAGACCCGAUAUUGCGUAUUGCACAUGAAGGCCACCCAGGCAUAUGUGCCAUGAAAACCAGACUGCGGACUAAAGUCUGGUGGCCAAAAUGCGAUAGAGACGCCGAGAACUUUUGCAAGACGUGCAAAGGUUGUGUUUUGGUCUCGACUCCCAAUCCUCCCAACCCUAUAAAAAGGAGAGAGCUACCCUCGGAGCCAUGGGUGGACACCGCAAUGGACCUGAUGGGUCCAUUACCUAGUAAUGAUUAUAUCUUUGUGAUCGUGGACUAUUACUCCCGAUACAAAGAAGUGAAGGUUUGUCGGACAAUUACGAGCUCAGAAAUUAUCAACCAUCUGAAAGACAUUUUCAGUAGAUUAGGUAAUCCAGUGUCGAUCACGGCUGACAACGGCCGUCAAUUUACCAGCGAAGAUUUCAAACUAUUUUGUUCCGAAAGAAACAUCAAGCUUUAUAACACCAUACCCUACUGGCCCCAACAAAACGGCGAAGUGGAAAGGCAGAAUAGAGACAUCUUAAAACGCCUAAAGAUCGCUCAGGCCGAGCAGAAAAAUUGGAAGGAUUCUCUCCGGGAGUAUAUGGUUAUGUACAACAGCACUCCCCACUCGGUAACCGGUAAAACUCCCUCGGAGUUAUUCUUUAGGCGACAAUUCAGAGACAAAUUACCGAUGAUACAAGACAUGACGUAUAGCUCGGAAGAUUCGGAGAUGAAAGAUAGAGACAAAGAACUAAAAGAAAAAGGAAAGCAGUACGCAGAUAGGAAAAGGCGAGCAGCGGAUAGUGAAUUGAACGUAGGGGAGAAGGUCUACGUAAAAAAUAUGCAUAAAACCAACAAAUUGAGCCUCAAUUAUGAGCCAACAUCACAUACCGUUGAGUCCAACAAAAAUGGAGAUGUAGAAUUGCGUAAUGAUAACACAGGACAAGUGGUUAGACGAAACAUUCUGCACCUAAAACGAGUAGAAGGACUAUGGAAGGUAAAUAACGAGACUGAAGAUAUAAACGGAGACAAUUCAAGCAGGAGUGAAACUGAUUCUGAUUAA